AUGGGCGGCCGCGGCGUCCCCCUGUGCGCCGCGCAACCAGCGGUGGCAGAGGGUGGCCCGGCCCGGGAGCCGCUGCAGCUGGUGGAGGUGGCCCCCCGCAAGAGGCUGCCCGCCGGGCCCGAGCAGGACCCAUGUGGCAGCCGUCCUGCGCCCGAGGGUGCCGGGGCGGGUGCAGAGCAGGGCCACUUGGCCGUUGGAGGUGGCUGGUGCCGCCACUGCCACACGAAGCUCGCCGAGCUCAAGCGACAGGCAUGGAAGCUGGUCAAUGGGCCCGGGACACCCCUCCGGGACCCCUGCCUCUCUGCUCUGCUUCUCGACAAGCUCCCGGCGCCCGGCGCUCUGUCUUCAUACCGCCCAGAGGCCGAGCGCCGCUGUGACGUCUGUGCCACCCACCUGCACCAGCUCACGCGGGAGGCCCUGCGGCUGCUCCAGGCUCCCGCUGGCUGCGAGGACCUUGACGGCCCUCACGGAGGCCCUGGCCCUGCGCCAUCCAGCCCCAGCUCCACGACCAGCCCGAGGGACGUGCCCGUGGUGAUGGGCCCAGCUGGGAGGCAGCCGGGCCGUGUGGGGCCAGACAGGAGGAAGGGGCUGGCCUGGCCGUCCGGGCCCAGUGUCCAGGUGUCGGUGGCACCUGCCGGCCUGGGCGGGGCACUGAGCACAGUCACUAUCCAGGCUCAGCAGUGCCUGGAGGGCAUGUGGAGUGUCUCAAAGGUCAACAGCUUCCUGCCACCGUCGUGCCUGGCAGAAGCAGCGGUGGCUGCCGUGGCGGUGGCAGACACGGUCCGAGACGGCCCUCCCCCCGUGGGCCCUGACGGCGUGUCGAAGAUGUGGGGCCGAGGUGGGGCCUGCACAGCGGCCCUGGUCUCCCCAGCCCCGGGCACCCCGGCCAGGGGCUCCACGGGCCCGUCGGCUGCGGCCUCCUUCUUCGUCAGGGCUGCCCAGAAGCUCAGUCUGGCCUCCAAGCGCAAGAAGCCUCACCCGCCGCCAGCCCCCGCCACCCGAGGCACCUCCACCUACCCCACGGACUUCAGUGGGGUCCUGCAGCUGUGGCCACCGCCCGUGCCUCCCUGCCUGCUCAGGGCUGCCUCCAAGGCCAAGGACAACCCCAGCAGUGUUGGAAAGGUGAAGGUCAUGCUUCGGGUCUGGCCCGCCCAGGGGGCCCAGCGCUCCUCCGAAUCCACGUCCUUCCUGAAGGUGGAUGCCAGGAAGAAGCAGGUGACCCUUUAUGACCCGGCUGCCGGGACCCCGGGAAGCACGGGCCCCCGGCGCGCUGCCACCACGGCCGUCCCCAAGAUGUUUGCCUUUGACGCCGUCUUCCCGCAGGACUCGGAGCAGGCCGAGGUCUGCUCCGGGACGGUGGCUGAUGUACUCCAGUCUGUGGUCAGUGGGACUGAUGGUUGCAUUUUUUCGUUCGGCCAUACAAGCCUCGGCAAGUCUUACACCAUGAUCGGGAAGGACAGCUCGCCCCAGAGCCUGGGCAUCGUGCCCUGUGCCAUCUCCUGGCUCUUCAGACUCAUCGAGGAGCUCAAGGAGAGGACAGGCACCCGCUUCUCCGUCCGCGUCUCGGCCGUGGAGGUGUGCGGCCGGGACCAGAGCCUGCGGGACCUGCUGGCCGAGGUGGCCUCCGGCAGCCUCCAGGACGCCCAGUCCCCGGGCGUGUACCUGCGGGAGGACCCGGUCUGCGGGGCGCAGCUGCAGAACCAGAGCGAGCUGCGCGCGCCCACGGCGGAGAGGGCGGCCUUCUACCUGGACGUGGCCCUGGCCGCCCGCAGCGCCAGCCGCGCCAGCUGCCCCGAGGACGCCCGGAGCAGCUCCCACAUGCUCUUCACGCUGCACGUGUACCAGUACCGCGUGGAGAAGUGCGGCAAGGGGGGAAUGUCGGGGGGCCGCAGCCGCCUGCACCUCAUUGACCUGGGCAGCUGUGAGGGGGCGCCCAGCAGGAGCGGGGAGGCCUCCGGGAGCCCCGCGUGCCUGUCCCUGCCGGCCUUGGGCAGUGUCAUCUUGGCGCUGGUCAGCGGAGCCAAACACGUGCCCUACAGGGAGCACAGGCUCACCGUGCUGCUGCGGGAGGCCCUGGCCACCACCAGCUGCCACACCACCAUGAUCGCCCAUGUCUCAGACGCCCCGGCCUGCCACGCGGAGACGCUCAGCACUGCACAGCUGGCCGCCCGCAUCCACCGUCUGCGCAGGAGGAAGGUCAAGUACACGUCCAGCUCCUCCGGCGGGGACAGCUCCUGCGAGGAGGGGCGCCCCCGCCGCCCCCCAGCCCUGCCGCCUCUCCACCCUCGCUCCGAGGGCCUGCACCCUGACCGCCUGGCGCUCAGCUCGCCCGGUGACCCCGACUACUCGUCCAGCAGCGAGCAGUCCUGCGACACAGUCAUUUACGUGGGGCCGGGCGGGGUGGCCCUGUCAGACCGCGAGCUCACGGACCACGAGGGCCCCCCAGACUUCGUGCCCAUCGUCCCCGCGCUGAGCCGCCGCCGCCCCUCGGGAAGCCCGCGGGACGCCGACCACCUGCGCUGCAGCACGUUCGCCGAGCUGCAGGAGCGGCUGGAGUGCAUCGGCGGCAGCGAGGGCCCCUCCGGAGCCCCGGCCAGCCCCGCCCGGGCAGGCAGGAAGCCCUCGCUGCCCGAGGCCCUGGCCCCCCGGACGGCCGUGGACGCCCUGCCGGCUGCCAGCACGCCUCACGGCUGCCCCGGCCCAGACACCCACCGGGGUGCCCCGGAGCCCUCCAAGGCUGCGGCUGACCAGAGGGCGGAUGGCAGCGCCAGGCCUGAGCUGCUUGGGCUGGACAGGGUCACAGGGGGCAGAGGCAGGAGGCCACUGCCCAGCCCAGCCCCUCCACCUCCUGGGCAGCCGGACCUUGGCCGAGCCCCAGAUGAGCCUGAAGGUGGGGGUGCUGACAGCGCAGUCCGGACACCCCCAGUGGGUAUGAGCGGGCAGGGGGGCCGCCCCCGCCCGCCUGCACGGGGCGGUGUGGAGCGCGGCCUGCUGACCACCACGGUGACCCUGCAGCAGCCCGUGGAGCUGAACGGCGAGGACGAGCUGGUGUUCACGGUGGUGGAGGAGCUGUCCCUGGGGGGGCGCCCCGCCAGCCUGGCCAGCUUCAGCAGCGGCUGCUCCCUGCAGGCCCUGGCCUCAGGUUCCCGGCCCGUGAGCAUCAUCAGCAGCAUCAAUGAUGAAUUUGACGCCUGUACCACGCAGGCCCUCGGCUCCUCCGGCGGCUCCUGGCUUGGCGGGGUCGGCGUCUGCACCCCUGACAGUCUGGGCCCCACACCGCGGCUGCCCUCUCCGGCCAGCCCGGGCCCUUUUAGCCCCGACUCACCAGCAGGGCCCGGCCCUCUGGGCCCCUCGAUCCCGGACAGCUCCCCGGAGGACUGCAGCUUGGGGUUCUCAGAGCGUGGUCGGCUGGACAGUCCUGGCCCCAUGGUGGCAGCAGCCCCCGCCCGGCCUGGCAGGGUGGCCCAAGCCGCGUUGCCACGUGGGGCCGCCUCAGCACAGACCAUCCACUCCAGCCUUCCCCGCAAGCCCAGAACCACCUUGACGUCCAGUUGCGCGGGCUGCCCUCACCUGGCCCUGAGCCCGCCGGGCCCCGGGGGCCUGUUCGAGGACCCCUGGCUGCCCCGGGGAGAGGGGUGUGGCACACUCCAGGUGGCCUCUGCCAGCAGGACCCCCAGCCCGGCCCCGGUGCUGGCUUGCGCCCGGAGGGUGGUGGAUGGCUGUGAGGUGGCAGCCAGGGUGGCCCACAGGCCGGAGGCCGUGGCUCAGGUCCCACCGCUGCGGAGGGGGGCCACCACCCUGGGUGUGACCACGCCUGCUGCGUUCUGUGGGGAUGUCCCAGCUGAGGCAGCGGCCUGCUUGGCCAGCCCAAAGGCUGCCCCCAGAAAGAGUGUGGCCCCCAAGGGGACCCCAUUCCCUAGGCCCGGCGGGUCAGCGCCUCCGGCCCCGCCCGUUCGCAAGUCCAGCCUGGAGCCCAAGACCAGCCAGGUGCCCACCCCUCUCCCGGCCGGGGGUGUGGUCCGGACUGGGGCUGCCGCCUUCCGGGCAGAGGAGGAGGCCAGGCCUAGCGGCCGAGCUGACCACUCCGUCUCCAGGGCUGCGUCCAGUCUGAAGGCCCGGGCUGGCAAGGCCGAGGCUGCGUGCCGUCCCGCCACCCACGGGUCCCUGGAGCGGUGCGAGGGGCCAGGGCAUGGCGGCGGCAAGGCCAGGGAGGCUGCUGGGAGGCCCGCUCGGGCUGUGCCCAGGCUAGGCGUGCCGCCCACCAGCCCUACGCCCGGGCCCACUUCUGCCUGUAGGGGCAGCCCAGCCAGGAGCCUGGGGACCCCCAAGUCCCCAGCUGGUGGGAGCAAGGGCCGCAGUCUGGCCCCCAGCGGGUCGAGGGCUCUGGGUGCUUCUGCAAAGCCUCUGGCCCCAGUGGCAGGCAGGGCCCCGGGUGGCUCUAUGGCAGGUCCUCGGGCGGCUCCACGGGCGGCAGCUGGCGUGGGGGCCAAGGCCAGCCGGGGCACCAUCAUGGGCACCAAGCAGGCGCUCCGGGCCGCCCACAGCCGUGUGAACGAGCUGGCGGCCAGCGGAUCCCCGGGCAGAGGCGGCCCCUCCUGGGGCUCUGCGGACUCCGACAGCGGCAACGACAGCGGCGUGAACGUGGGCGAGGAGCGGCUGCCCACGGGCCCCACGCUGCCCUCCCCCUACAGCAAGGUGACAGCCCCGCGGCGGCCCCAGCGCUACAGCAGCGGCCACGGCAGCGACAACAGCAGCGUGCUGAGCGGGGAGCUGCCGCCCGCCAUGGGCCGCACGGCCCUGUUCUACCACAGUGGGGGCAGCAGCGGCUACGAGAGCAUGAUGCGCGACAGCGAGGCCACCGGCAGCGCGUCCUCCGCGCCCGACUCCAUGAGCGACAGCGGGGCCGCCUCCCCGGGCUCCCGCGCCCGCAGCCUCAAGUCCCCCAAGAAGAGGGCCACAGGCCUGCAGCGGAGACGGCUGGUCCCAGCCCCGCUGCCCGACGCCGCUGCCCUGGGCCGCAAGCCCAGUCUCCCCGGGCAGUGGGUGGACCUGCCCCUGCCCCUGGGGGCCUCGCUGAAGGAGCCCUUCGAGAUCAAGGUGUACGAGAUCGACGACGUGGAGCGCCUGCAGCGGCACCGGCCACCCCCGCGGGAGGCUCCCGCCCAGGGCCUGGCGUGCCUGAGUGCGAAGCUGCGGCUGGCCGAGCGCAGGCAGCAGAGGCUGCGGGACGUGCAGGCCAAGCACGAACUGCUGUGCGUGGAGCUGGCCGAGACGCAGGGCCGGCUGAUGGUGGAGCCCGGCCGCUGGCUGGCGCAGUUCGAGGUGGACCCCGAGCUGGAGCCCGAGUCAGCCGAGUACCUGGCGGCCCUGGAGCGUGCCACGGCCGCCCUGGAGCAGUACGUGAACCUGUGCAAGGCCCACGUGAUGAUGGUCACCUGCUUCGACAUCAGCAUCACCACCCCAGCGGCCACCUCGGGGCCGCAGGAGGUGGACGUCUGA